GUGUGUGUGUGUUUUACUGAAGAGACGGACGGAUGGAUGGAGCAGAGGAUUAUGGGAUUGUGGGAGUGUGGAGACGGGGAUGGACCGAGCAGGAAUGAGAGAGAUGGAGGAACGGAGGACGACCACGAGAGACCAGAUCUGAGAGCCGUUCUGUCAGUGUGAUACGACGCUGGUGGAGAUCUAGACGUGUAACACUGUGAGGAACCCACACCACCAGGAGGAGAAUGUCCGGCUCAGCUGAACCUGAGAUGAGAGAGUGUGAUGAGGCCGGAGGGUCAGUAGAGGGCGACACUGACCUGCUGCUGGAGGAGGAUGAGGAGGAUGAGGAUGAAGAUGAGGAGACCGAGAGCAAUAAAGAGCUGUUGGAGAGAUUCAGAGAGCUGGAGGCGGAGAACGCUUCUUUAGCUCUGGCUAACGAGAGUCAGAGAGAAGCGUACGAGCGAUGUUUAGACGAGGUGGCGAAUCAUGUAGUCCAGGCACUGCUGAACCAGAAGGAUCUGAGGGAGGAGUGUAUAAAGCUGAAGAUGAGGGUGUUUGAACUCGAGAGACAGAACCGAACACUGACCGACAUCAUCACCCAAAAACUCCAGCUCUCCUCCACCCCCCUCCAACAGUUAUCAUCAGUUUGGUGCGUGGAUGAGAAAUCGGAUCCAUCGAUAACCGGCGGUGGAACACCUCACACCGGCGUCUCUCAGGAGGAGGGGAAGAAACGUGAAGAAAACCCUGAAAAUGCCACGAGAAGUUUGGCUCAAGCUUCCUCCUCCUCUUCCAUGGAUGCCAUGUCUCCGUUCCUCAGGAAGAAAGCUCACAUCCUGGAGGUUCUUCGUAAGCUAGAGGAAGAAGAUCCGCUGAAGUUUCAUCCGUCCCCUUGCUAUCAUCUCGCACCGUUGUUUUUCCCCGGAGAGAUGGUGGGCACGAGUUCAGGGCCACAUCAGCACCACUGCAGACACUCCAGUUCAGAUCCAGAGAUUCACGAGCGAGCUCGAGCUAACAGUGAGGGGGCGCAGCGGGAGGAGAACUCAUCCGCUGAAGGGUGUUCAGCUUGUUCUAUCCUGCAGCAAAAAUCAAGCUUAGACUUGCUCAGAUGUAACCAGGGAACUGGUGGGUCACCUCAGACUGGUACAGACGAUGGGUUUUGUCAGCAUAACAGUCGUCUCUUACAGACUAAGUCAGAAGAUCCAAAAACUGACAGCAAAGAAAAACAAUCAAACAAAACAUCGUCUAAAAAGACAAAAGAUUCCAGCCAGUGGCAUCAAGAUAGAAGAAAAUCUGAGACUCUUCCAACAGGAACAGGAGGCAAAGCUGGUAACCUUGAAGUUGUCACCCAUUCUGUGAGAAAGAAAGAUGGUCAUUUAGGUCAGGUCUGCAAAGGAGACUCUUCAUCCUACAGGGAGAAUUCCAUCUCCAAGAAAGUUGCCUUGGCUGGAUCAUAUUCUUCAGCCUCAUUGCCAGAGCGAAGUACAUCAGCAUUCGCUAAUAAUCAGGGUGCAGCGAAAGGAAAGUCCACGCAAGGUCCAUGCUCAAAUAUCAAACCCCAACCUUCAGCAUCUAAACUGCUUAAAUUGCUCAAGGAACCUUCUGAGAAUGUGCCCAAGCCUUCAAAAAUCCCAUGUAGAAACAACUAUGAACUGCAUCGUUUAUCCAUAACAUCACAGAAAAAUACUCCACAAUCGUCUGCGGUUAAAACAGAUACUUACCCAGGGACUCACUCCGCCCCCACCUCCCCUCCAAAUCCUGAAGAUACAUCUACAGGCUACAGCACCCAUUCUGCACCCAAACCAAGCAAGGCUUCUAAAACGGGUGCACAGGUACCUCACUAUGAAAACAUAGAUCUCUUACUUUCUAACAAGGUCCAGGAUGACACUGCUAGCUCUGAUAAGUCAAAGUCAAGUCUAAAAAGUGGAAGUACCCCUUCCUCAGAAUCAUCGACUAGCACGAGUGACUCCUCCUCCUCCUCGUCAGAUCAGGACUCGGACACAGAAAGUCCUGUUUUGCAAAGACCCCAGCAUCACUUCAGCCUUCCAACAUCAUCUUCAGCUGCGAUUAGGUCACAGAGGAUCAGUUACCCCUGUACCCCAGACAGAUACCAUGAGAGACUUGCUCCAGAUUCAACUCAAAUGAUAUCUGGUACAUUUCAAGUCCUGAGUAAAGGAAGCACCAUCCAGGCCACCCUGCCCAGGAAAACAGACAUCUCAAGCAACGUGAGUGAUUUGAGCUAUCAUCCUUUUAAAGAUCGACUGGCGGCUCUUGGAAAGCUAAAGAAGGCUGAGGAUUUGCAGCAAGCAGUCAGCAAAGCAUCUGCUUCUAGUGGGAACAAAACUGUAGACCGACAAACCGAAAGGAAACUCUACCUGAGAAACACUACUGGGAAUUACGCCAAGGGCCCAGUUUCAUCGUCAACUACAGAGAAAAGAUAUAUCACAAAAACAUAUGGCCAGAAGAUUAAAAUGGGAACCUUGUUUGAAGCCCCUGUAGUGAUGAGAAACAACGCAAAGUAUCCCAAUCCUAACACCAAAACAGUACCAAGUCCCCAUUGUAGCUCUACUAGAGUACAAUCCAAGUCUCCAUCCAAGGCUGGGAGCACAUCUUCUUAUCCUCGAGGGACAAAACCAGUUCAGAAUGAUCGAACGAACCUUCAAAAGCAUCAGUCAUGCACCGACACCAAACCAAAACCUGGGUCUGGAAAGAAAAAGACUUCUUCUCAUGUUGAUACGUUUCCACCUCCUCUUUCAUCAAGAUCUGGACUUGCAUCAGCUAACCGCGGUCAGGAGAAAAGAACCUCAACCUCACAGUCCAUUGAGCAGAGGGUCAUGCGAGGGAUUGAGGAGAAUGUUCUUAAAGACAAAGGCCAAGAGGCGAAACAGAAAGCAUCCAGUGGCAUCGCAAGUUGGUUCGGCUUAAAGAAAAGCAAACUUCCCGCACUUAAUCGCAAACCCGGAAAACUCACAUCCUCGCCCUCUUACUCAGGAACCAAGGACACCUCGGGGGCCAAGGCAGCACCCAAGAUGGUGGUGGAAAGCUUAAAUAUCUCUAAGCUCAUGGAGAAAGCAGAGGAUCUUAGAAAGGCUCUUGAGGAUGAAAAAGUCUACGUGAGAGGGGUUGGGAUUCCUCUGGAUCGUCCUGCUAGAGGGCGCUCCUGUGAAGUCAUGAUGGACACGACACAAGGUCAUUUAUCAUUAAUGUACACCGGACUGACCAGCGACAGCUUCAUGCAGCAGCUGCUCACCAGCGUGGAUGAAAGUGGAUCUUCCAGUUAUGGCUUCACACACCGACGUCUUUCCUUCGACUCCAAAAAAUCGAAUCCUGUCUUCGGACACCAGAAACACGGUGUCCGCCAAACCAGGAGCGGAGAGGAGAUGGGCAAAUGUGCAGAAAUCAUGGGAGACGACAUCACAUCUAACGACAGCCUGGCCAAAUCCAUCAGCUCCCAGCAUUUCAAAGGUUCACGUUUAUCCAUGCGUACUCUGGAUAGCGGGAUUGGAACCUUCCCUCUGCCCGAAUGCACCGCUGCUGCCAAAUUUAACACCAAACUUCAGAGUUCCACCGUUUCUCAACCAUCAGCGCUGAAGGUUCCACGUAAAAGCAGAACUCUGGAGAGAGAGCUGGCGUCUGUGGAUGAGCUGCACACUUCUGCACUCCACACCUCCUCCCCAAUCGUGGCAAAGGGUACAGGGGUGCACCUCUCAGGCACCACGAAGAAAGACAUUGACGUCUAUGGAGCUCAUUUGCAAGCCCCACCUACCACAAACUGGAAAAAAGGAUCGGAACCCAAGACUGAACCGGUGACCCAAGAAAACCCGUCUAAACAGAGUUUGGACAGAGUUCCCCAGGUUCCUCGUGAUGCUCAAGCCAGAAGUGUCCCACUGUCAGGGAGCAGAAAGGUCCGACGUCGGAACCGCGGUGGUGGGGAAGCUCUGAAAGACGGAGGACUGGAUCUGAUAAAGGAACAAAACGACGAACUCUUAUCCCCAAAUCGUCCCCAUCCCACCGAAACCCCCGAAUCCCUGAGUGAUUCUCUCUACGAUUCACUGUCCUCAUGUGGAAGCCAAGGAUGAAAAGGACGUCUGAUUAUUCACAGUGUUAAUCUUGAUGCUUCAUGUUGCUGAUCAGACUGCACGAUUUAUCAGCAUCAAUCACUCAAAAAAACUCUGAUUUUCUCUGUAAUCUUCCAUGUAAUCACAUUCUGAUUUUGAUGUCAUCAGGCACGUGUGAACAGAAAAAAUAAACGAGAACAAAUCACGGAGUGAAACCA